CUAAUUCUAAUUUCACUUUAAAUCCAAAAAUAUCCAACACUUCUUAACUCCACAUUGAAGCUCCCACUCGCAACACUUGGCGUUCACCUUGCCAUCGCCGUCCGUCGCGGUUGCUCCCGGCAACGGUUUUCCCUUCCAUCACCGCCGAUUCCCGCUCAGCGUUCUUGGGAAAAUUACCCGUUGAAUUUUCAUGGCUAGCAAUCCGUCACAGCUUCUCCCAUCAGAGUUGAUUGAUAGAUGCAUUGGUUCAAAAAUAUGGGUGAUUAUGAAAGGUGAUAAGGAGCUUGUUGGUACUCUCAGAGGCUUUGAUGUUUAUGUUAACAUGGUCCUUGAAGAUGUUACUGAAUAUGAAAUAACUGCUGAAGGGAGACGGAUAACUAAGCUUGAUCAGAUUUUACUCAACGGAAACAACAUUGCUAUUUUGGUCCCUGGUGGUUCGCCUGAUCCAGAAUGAAUAGUGCUGCUUGGUUACCUAUAUUUUUAACUCAGAUGUUGCUCUAGGCACAUACUUCCUGUACUUUAAAGAGGAUUGUGAAGCCAGUUAGGUUUUAUUUUCUUAAGUUUGUUGUGAGGGAUACAUCAUACAUGGUUAUAGUGUGUAAGGUACCAUUAAAACUUAAUCAUGGUGUUGAAUUGUGGAUCGCUCAGUGUAACAAGCAUUGCUACUGAUUUAACAAUUAAUUCUGCGCUUUUAUA